UUCGUGAAGACCCUCACGGGCAAGACUAUCACCCUCGAGGUGGAGUCGUCCGACACCAUCGACAACGUCAAGAGCAAGAUCCAGGAUAAGGAGGGCAUUCCACCGGACCAACAGCGAUUGAUCUUCGCCGGAAAGCAACUCGAGGAUGGCCGAACUCUUAGCGACUACAACAUCCAGAAGGAGUCGACUCUCCACUUGGUUCUCCGUCUCCGUGGUGGAAUC